GGGGCGGCUCCUUCUUUGGCCAUGAGCGAGGUGCCGGCAUUCGGCCGCCGCCGCCGCCUGCGGGACGCGGGGAGGGAGCGGCCGCAGCGAGGUUCCGCCGGCGGCAGCGGUGGGUGGGAUGGCCCAGGCCAGGAUCAGCGCCAAGGCCAGCGAGGGGGCGCAGCAGCAGCCGCAGCAGCAGCAGCAGUCGGGCGGGCAGCUCCGCGGCCGCUUCUACCGCUCCACCUCCAUGGCCGACCGCUCCAGCCGCCUGCUCGAGAACCUGGACCAGCUGGAGCUCAGGGUAGAGGCUUUCCGUGAUGCAGCAUCUGCCAUGGAACAAGAGAAAGAAAUUCUGCUUGAAAUGAUCCACAAUAUACAGAACAGCCAGGAUAUGAGGCACAUCAGUGAAGGUGAGAGAGAAGAACUCAAUUUGACCGCGAAUCGCCUGAUGGGCCGAACCCUCACGGUGGAGGUUUCCGUAGAAACCAUCCGCAACGCGCAGCAGCAGGAGUCCCUGCUGCACGCCACCAAGAUGAUCGAUGAGAUCGUCAACAAACUCCUCGACGAUUUGGAAGACGCCAAAAUGCGCCUCAUGUCGCUUUACGGUGCGUGCACGUCCGACGUGCCGGCAGGACCCAUCGAUCAGAAAUUCCAGUCCGUGGUCAUCGGAUGUGCCAUUGAGGAUCAGAAGAAAAUCAAAAGGCGCCUAGAGACUCUGCUCAGAAACUUGGAAAAUUCUGAAAAGUCCAUCACAUUGCUGGAGCAUCAGAAAUCAUCUGUCCGGCAGUCUUGCAACAGCAAACAGGAUUAACGUAUCCUCCCGGCUACUUCCGGCAAACCACAGGAUGAGCAAGUGCCCAUAAAAAGCACACAGAAGCCAAGACAAGAAUUCUCUGUACGAGCACACACGUAUAUACACAUCCACACCCACCAAAGUAUCUUUGAUUGCCAGGUGCAAGCAUUUAAUGGGUUUUAGUAGCAUUGGCAUUUUCUUUUGGCAGUAAGGAAUGCUAUCAGUUCUUCUGUAGAGUCGAUACUGCUCUAUUGCAAAUUGUAAUUGUGCUUCUGCUGAACUGACAGAAACUGAAAAUCUAGCCUUUCCUCCAUUCUCCUGGGUUUUUUGAACUAAAGUUGUUUUGUCCUAUCAUGAGAUUUCAGCUUUUCUCUGCUGUAUACAUAGUGUGUGAACCAGACUUUUGAGGACAAAAGACAAAUUAUGGCAAUAAAUCAAAAGAAUUAAUAAACCGUUUAUGGUAUUUUCAUAAACAA